UUUUAAUGAUAAAAGCGUCUGUCAGUCAGUGUCAGUUGGUCAGUGCGCGUUGUGCGUGUUGCGGUGGAUGUGACAGUGGCGCGCGACAAAAUAGAAAAAAAGAAGGGAGUGCGAGUGUCAGGGAAGUAAAGUAUCGGAAGGAAAAAGUGGACCAAACAGGCAUGCACCCGGCACAUUCACGUGACGUAACGCCCCCGUAGCCUCCAUGACAGCGCUAGGUGGUCGCGUAUGAAAGCUUAGCGGCGACAAUAAUACACCGCUCUCCGGUUCUCCUCAAAUACAAUCCAAGGGAAAAGGGAGUCGACAAUGAAGACGUUGACCACCACCUGCUUGCUAGUCGGCGGCGUGUUAUUGUCUUAUAUAUACAGCAGCAAUAUCGAUCUGUUUACGGUGUUGGGCAUCUAUGUUGCUGAACAGGUCUUCGGCGAUCCGUCCCUCUCCGCUGCCCCGAUGCCCGAGCCGGGAGAUCCACGGAAGACCCCACAGGGUGUCCCCUACGCCGACCUAAAGCACAUCGUAAACGCCGACGGACUGCACUUGUUCUGCCGCUACUGGGAGCCCGAGGCACAGCCAAGGGCCCUGGUGUACGUAGCACACGGUGCGGGAGAACACAGUGGGCCCUACGAUGAGAUCGCCCUCCGACUGAAGGAGCUCUCGCUCCUGGUGUUUGCCCAUGACCACGUGGGCCACGGUCAGAGCGAGGGAGAUAGGAUGAUCAUCAAGGACUUCCAGGUGUACGUCCGUGACUCUCUGCAGCACAUCGACCUGAUGAAGGCCCAGCACCCCUCUCUGCCUGUCUUCAUCCUGGGCCACUCCAUGGGCGGGGCCAUCUCCAUCCUGACAGCAAGUGAGAGAGCCAAUGACUUUGCGGGCGUGGUACUGAUCUCUCCGCUGGUCCAGAUGAACCCGGAUUCGGCGACGCCCUUCAAAGUGUUUGUGGCCAAGGUGAUGAACCAGUUGGCCCCCAGCCUCCCUCUGGGCUCCAUCCAGUCCAAUUGGAUCUCACGGGACCACAAAAGGUGGAGGCGUACGACCAGGACGCCGCUCAACUACCACGGCGGGCUGCGCGUGUCGUUCGCCAUGCAGCUGAUGGGGGCGGUGGAGCGCAUCCAGCGGGUGAUCCCGGCCAUCGCCUGGCCCUUCCUGCUGCUCCAGGGGGACACCGACAAGCUGUGCGACAUCAGCGGCGCCCGGCUGAUGUUCGAGCAGGCGGCGAGCGCCGACAAGAAGCUCAAGGUACAGGAGGGGCCGGGGCCCUACCACGCUCUUCAUCACGAGCUACCAGAGGUUUCCGAGUCGGUCCUCAAGGAAUUAACGUCAUGGUUUAACAGAGCGACUGUCCACCUCCCCAAUAAGAAUCCUAGGCUCCACCCACUGUACCCAGCCUCAGCCCGACAAAGCCCCCUAGGCUCCACCCACUGUACCCAGCCUCAGCUCUACAAAGCCCCUAGGCUCCACCCACUGUAUCCAGCCUCAGCCCCGACAAAGCCCCCUAGGCUCCACCCACUGUAUCCAGCCUCAGCUCUACAAAGCCCCCUAGGCUCCACCCACUGUACCCAGCCUCAGCCCGACAAAGCCCCCUAGGCUCCACCCACUGUAUCCAGCCUCAGCCCGACAAAGCCCCCUAGGCUCCACCCACUGUACCCAGCCUCAGCCCUACAAAGCCCCCUAGGCUCCACCCACUGUACCCAGCCUCAGCCCUACAAAGCCCCUAGGCUCCACCCACUGUACCCAGCCUCAGCCCUACAAAGCCCCCUAGGCUCCACCCACUGUACCCAGCCUCAGCCCUACAAAGCCCCCUAGGCUCCACCCACUGUACCCAGCCUCAGCCCUACAAAGCCCCCUAGGCUCCACCCACUGUACCCAGCCUCAGUCCUACAAAGCCCCCUAGGCUCCACCCACUGUACCCAGCCUCAGCCCAACAAAGCCUCCUAAGCUCCGCCCACUAUCCAGCCUCAACCCUACGGUAAAUAAGAAUUGACUCCGCCCACUAUUGCUCAACAGCCAGCCUACCACUGAAGGACACUUCAAACCACUGACUCAAGCCCAUCGCAAGACCUCAACCACGUCACUAGGGGUCAACCCCAAACAGCAGAGGCGGCCUAAAGCUCAGGCUGACUCCGCCCACUAUCCUGACCGCAACCCUAGAGCACAGACUUGCAGACUCCUCCAGCACUGAUGGCUCAAUGCACUUCAGUUUUUUCCCCAGGCUUUCCGGGCCAAGGUCCUGCCUCUCGCAGUCACCCGCCCCCGGCCCCAAGCCCAGCGUGCCCUCCGUGUUGUUCCGCCGUCCCACACUGUUUUUACUAGUCUAUCGGGAAAACCACCAAGAAAACAUCUGUGUUGGGGCCCCACUUGCAUAGCUGAGGAUAAUCUAGCAAAGAUGGGUCUCUGCUGAGAGAUAAAAUAACAGUUUACAACAUGGCAUUGAUCUAUGUCUACGGUUAAUAUUAUUUUUUAUUAUGUGUUGUUGUCCCCAGAAGGCUUUUAUUUUGAUGGACUAGCAUAUUAUGAAGUGACUGACACCCCAACACCUGGCAUCCAUAGCACUACUCUGGUCACGAAGGUCGAGGGGGAAUUCAAUUAAUUAAAAAACAUUACAGCAUCUAACAACUUCCCUCCCGCUCUCUCCUAUAAAUAUUGAUCUUUCCGUCAAUAUUCACUCACCACAGCAUGGAGGGUCAGGGAGCCAAAUGCCUCACACACACCCCCCCGUGACCCUUGACCUUGGCAGGGUCACGGCCGAGAGCAAUAAUAGAGGAUGACCCCAGAUGUCAUUUGCUCUUUAUUAAGGCAGUGAAGACGGCAUCUGUGGCCCAGCCUGAAGACAAGUGAAGUCGUCUUCAGUGUCUUAUUGAUGAUCAUCUUAGUUUACACAUCUUCCCCUCAGGCCUCGUUCAUUUAGUGUUUAUUUUCUUCUGUCUUUUACCCUGCCGUUUCUGGCAUGCAAUUUCUUUGGCGUGUCUCUGACCUUGGUUGGGUGGUUGGUAUCCCAUCCCUUUGCCCCAGUGUUGUUAUUUACAACCCUGUCUUUUUCGCAGCUGGUCUUGCCUCUUGCAAGCUGUAGUCUCAGACUGAUCCAGCUAACGUCCUGCAUUCCACGAGUUGUCUGACCUGAUUCGACCUCGGAUCAUGAGGUGUGGGGGGGGGGGGGGGGGGGGACGCUCACAUUGCGCAACAUUUUCCCCGUAGGGAUCAGAGAUCAUGGUAUGGAUUCUAUUGAUACUUGGGUUAUGGUUUGUUUUCCAAAGUACCUUAAUUAAGGACUCCCUUGGCCACGAGCACAUUUGAGAUGUUUUAAGUUCAGUCGAAAUAGAUCACUAACAACUGUUGGACUGUUCUACUUUCUUUACCUCCGUACUACAACGAAUUGCAGCAGGAAUUCUGGGCUUCACUCCUUACGGUAUCCAUGGUGAACCUUCCCAUGCGUUGCCACUGAAACAUCCUUUUUCUUUCCGCUUUUUUUUUUAUUCCCAUAUUUUAAGUUACCCAAGGUAGCACGUUUAUUGAACAAUACAUCCUCUCUUUCUUUAAGCACUAUAUAUUUUUCAUUGCUUUUCAACUAUUUUUCAAAUCCCUCUAUUGUGUCUUCUUCUGUUGUAGCCCUGUAUUCAUAUUUCUCCUCUGACCGUGUCAGGAACCAGGGUGUCUUGUAGUUCAUUUUUUUAUUGUCUCAACCCUUUCAUACUGCACAGAAGUCGCAGGUCCCAAUUCCCCCCCCCCAAGUUGCCGUGGAGACAAGCAGGCAUUGUUCUGCCUUCACAGAGGCUGUUGUUUCUAUUCCAUUGUCGUGGUGCCAUAAUGGCCCCACACCGCCCCCAGUGGUCAAUUAUCACCACUGCAGGAAGGUUCGAAAUUUGAAGAGAUGUCAUUUGUUCGAGACAACUACCCACAGCUCAGACAAUUCCACUGGGACAUAUUCCAAGAGUCCACUGGGAAACACUUGACAAUCCACAUUGUUAUACUCGACUGUUAUGGGUGCGUGGGCCGCGCGGCGGUAGGGUGUGCGUUGUUAUAUGUGCACCACCUGUGAUGUCACACGUACAAAUCGAGCCGCCGUGAUUAGCAUCGGACGGCAGUGGCGAGAGAGAGAGAGAGAAGAGGGGAGGAGUGAGCGAGAGGCUGACCUCUUUCCGUAACCAUGGCAGCACCUUUUUGAAGGCAAACUUGAGGAGUAUGUGUUCGUUAACGACCCAGAUCAGGUCUGGGCAGCAGCCAACGGUGUCGUUCCCUUGUUCUAAAGGCUCAAAGGGAAAAGGGGAAACCCACACAUGGAUGAACAAGCAAACAACCAUGUGUACUAGCAUCCAUAUCGCACUCGCUCUCUCUCCGCUCCGUUUCACCAGGAAACAAUUUCAGAAUGAUUGGUGAUUGCAGGUGUAUUUAGAUCUAUCUUUAUUUCCUGAGAGUUUAUGGCCCAUACCCUUUUACGGCUGCUCUUUGAGGUCAUUAUGGCCUGAUAUAUCUUUGUUUUAUUAUUCAAGAUCAUACACCCGUACAACAUAGUCAGACAUACAUUAAUAUAUACAUUAUACAUCUCGUUUAUAAAUGGGUAUGUCAGAGGAGGUUUUUUUAUAUUCUGUAAAUAACAUAGGAGGACAUGGGUAGGAGAAGACGCCGAUUUUUUUUAAAGGCAAAGCCACAACACAAAGAAACAUUACAUCUAAUUGGUCCAAGGGUUAAAAUCUUUCUAUCAAGUGUCACGUAAUUAGACAGCAGGUUUGAAGACAGCAAUAUUCUUUAAUAUUAAAAAAAAGGAAGAAUUGAACUUUACACAAAGACUGUUUCCUCUGUGAGCUGUUGCAUGUGAAAUAGUGGUUUGAAAACCUUAGCCAUGUAGCUCUUUCGUGUUUGACUUUAGUUUUCCCUAUAACGUAUAAGGAAAUUACACUUAACCUGAGCGAGACAGGUUGCGGUGGUUGGUCCUCAGGCAAAAUACAUAUUAAAGACCAAUAGAACUGUUCAAACCUGCACUCUGUAGCUUUCCUACUGCAGCUACUGACUAGAACUCUCACUACAACACAAACCACUAGAUGGUGCUAAAUGGGUAAACGUACAUAGUGCAGGUUUAACUUUGGAAAAGAUAGGACCACAUUAGUGAAAAUAAUGGUUUGAUGUGUCAAGCUCUGAAGCACAGGGCUUUCUAUCAGUUUAGCUUCUGGGAUAAUCAUCAAUUAAUAAAGCUAUAAUGUAUAUAGAUCAUUACUUUUUUUUUUAAAACAAAGCAACAAAGAAAACGUGUAUUUGAUUUGAAAUUCUUCAGUAUGUAGUAUUUUAGAGAUUGAGGUUUUUUAAUUUUUACUGUAUCCACUACUGUCAAGGAAUAACACUGUAGGACAGCAAAUAAGUCGUAUUGUUCAUACAUCUUGAAAUUGAUAUUAAUGUGGGUAUAUAUUGCUGUUAUUUCUGAACAACAUAGAUAACCCUAUUUAUACAGACGUGACUUGUGCAUUUUACUUCAAUGAAAUACGGCAUGCAAAGGCACUUUUUAUAUCUAAUGCAGUUAACUAAUUAGGUAUUGUUUUACAUUGGGUGCACUUUGAAUGAACUAUUGUAAGUUCAAAUAGGUAGAAAUGUAAAAUGGUUUAUGUGUUUAAAACAAUUUAGAGGCGUUUUAAGAGUCUCUGUUAUGAUUCCUCACAGACUGUAUUUCUGCUCAUCUGUCAAUGUGUCGUGUUCAUUCAGAUGUGGUCUCGUCUCGUCUGUUUCUGAAAAACGUUGGUCUUCAGUCUCAAUUUGCAUUGCUUAAAAAGAAUGAGUUUGUGUUUAUGCUUUUCUAUCUAAACAAAUUAUGGAUCUCAAAGAAAGUUGGAACAACUGACCUACUUGUGAGGUGAUUUUGUUUCUAUUCUCGUUUUGCAGUUCUCCUUUGAACCAUUGUCUGGAGGUCCCCACAACCACAGUGAAAUGAAUACUUAGUAAUGUAAUGCCACUGGAAAUAUGUUUUAGUGUUUUGUUGAAGGAAUGUUGAUCUUUUUUCCUAGAAAUAUGUCACAUGUUUGCAUAUUUCCUUGUGCCUUAUAUUCCGUUCCAAGGACUAUUGCGUGUUAGUUUUGGCAAAGCAAUGGUCAUAAUGUAAAUGGUUAUGCAUCUUAUGCACUUGUGCAUAAGAUGUUGUUUCUGCCUCUCCGUCUCUGUGGUUUUCAUGAGAGGCUGUCUGUUGCCCGACUUUUAGUUUGGAUGUUGUUUCCACAGUCUUGGAAUGAAAGCCGUCUGCUAUUUUCCUAGCCAAGACUUCUGCCAUACAAUUAGCUCUGGAGAAUGAUUUUUUUCUGGAGUCUAUUGAGAUAUAUUCUUGAAGGAUGGAAUCUGAAGGAUUGAUUUGUACAGAGUUCCAAAAGGCAUGUUUAUUAAAUCCUGUAGGUCUGUUGAAGGUGUUAAUACAAUGUGAUCGGUGGCAUCAUAUGCAUCCAUCCAAACCACUUUUGAUUGAUUCUCUUGACUUCCGUGCAAUGUUUUCUCUCUCUUUCUGAAUGUAUGCGUAGGUUUGGUCCUCACUUUUUUCUUUAAGAAAAGGCCUAUGUUUUAUUUCCAGUAUUGUUAGAAAUGUGACAUUUUGUAAGAACAUCUAUUUUGUGAAGACAAUAGGAUAUUGGGUCCAUUGAAGAUUAAGCAGAAAACUAAUAUUUAUUUGAGAAAAUUAUGUUUAAUUCAGCCAAAGAAUUUGAAAUAGCUCUUCAAAACAAAUGUUGACUUAAAAGGAGAGCAAGUGAAUAAAAAGCAACUGUGAAUGUCUAUAUAUAUCCAUAUGUCUAGAUAUCCUGUCAAUAUGUUUCAUUUGUGGGUUCUGCAUUUAUAUGUAACAUCCUGUCCUUUCUGUAAAUGUAACCUCUUUUUGUAACUAACUAAAUACUGUUACAUAAAAAUGGUAUAUAUUAUAACUCAAAUUAAAUGACUUCUGAAUAAGUGGAAUUGAAGGUCUUGCUCCGAAAUGUAAGGUAUUGCUCUAGAAAUAAACUAUAUCACUGUUUAA